CCUAACCUCACCCUGGUCUUUCAAGAUUCACUUUUCGAAGUGUGUGUUUGUUGACACGUGCUUGUUCUCGCAGAGCUAAGGCCGAACGGCGACUUGCACUUAUUUAAAUAAUUUUGCUGCAAAAAUGGCAUCAAACGCUGAGUUAGCCUGUGUUUAUUCCGCUCUCAUUUUGGCGGACGAUGAUGUAGCAAUCACGGGCGAAAAAAUCCAAACAAUCCUAAAAUCUGCCAACGUAGAUGUGGAGCCUUAUUGGCCCGGUCUAUUCGCCAAAGCUUUGGAAGGCGUCAACAUAAGAGAGCUGGUUUCAAACAUAGGCUCCGGAGCCGGAGCCGCUCCCGCCGCGGCCGGGGCAGCCCCUGCUGGAGGCGCUACUCCCGCAGCCGCGGCGCCAGCAAAGGAAGAAAAGAAAAAGGAGUCGGAACCGGAAGAGUCCGACGACGACAUGGGUCUUAGUUUCUUUGACUAAAGGCAUUUUGUAUUCCUUGACAUAGGUGAUAAGAAAUAAACCUAAUUUUUUUCGA